CAUGGACGGAGUGAGCAACAACCAUUUAUUUAUUUAUUUAUUUAUUUAUUUAUUUAUCUAUUUAUUUAUUUAUUUAUUUAUUUAUUUAUUUAUUUAAAUACAGGUGCGGAUAUGUGCCGUCUGGGCCACCGUACGCUGCCACGCUCCUUCACUACGAGCCUGUGCAAGGCGCUGUUCUAUAUCGCAUUUACGCCGAAGGACACGGUGCGGAAAUGAUUUGAAGCUCAGUGCAUCUGCACGCCCUCUAACGUAACGUGACAUUCCCGGACACAGGCAUCAUGGCGGCUUCCGCGCUCAGCCCCGUGUUGUCGCCCUUAGUUAGGUUAAACUGCAAAAAUAACGGAUUUUACACAUUUAUUGCACUUAACCAAAGAGUCGCAUACUCCAUCGGACUGCCGACGAGCAAUGGCGCUGAGAGGCAAGGUUUAUUAGAGAGGGGCAGUCGGGGUCUGAGGAAACCGAGACGGGUGGCUGGAGAACCACGGUCAGAGCGGAUGGUGGUGGAUCAGGACUGGACUGCUGUUUAUCCCACUGCUAAGUCUUUUAAACCUGACGCUGUGCCACUACCAGUGCGAAUGGGCUACCCAGUAAAAAGAGGGGUGCCUCCUGAGAAAAAGGGAAAUCUUGAACUUAUAAAGGUUCCGAACUUCUUGCACUUAACCCCAGCUGCCAUCAAGAAACACUGCGAGGCCCUCAAACCGUUCUGCACUGAGUGGCCUGCCGCUCUGGACUCUGAUGCUAAGUGUAAGGAGCAUUUCCCCGUUCAGAUACAGACUAAGGACUAUGUAUCUGCUGGACCUUCGCUCAGAAACCCAGACGCUCGAAUUGUCACACUCACGGUAAAGCUGUCCACUUUAAAUCUAGAUGAUCAUGCCAGGAAGAAAAUGAUCAAACUGAGUGGAGAGCGCUACAGCAAAGAAACAGACGUACUCACCAUUACCACUGACAGUUGUCCACUGAGACAGCAGAACUAUAACUACGCCAUGUACCUGCUCACUGUUCUGUACCACGAGUCCUGGAAAACAGAGGCGUGGGAGAAAGAUAAGACGCGCGCUGACAUGGAGGAGUACGUGUGGGAGGACAGCCCCUCUCAGAAGAAUAUUCUAGAAACCUUGUUGCGCAUGCAUCCACUUAAGGAGAAGGAUGAGGAAUCGGCGCGGGAGGAGCUGCUGGGACGACCUGAGGUGCAGGAGUACAAAAACUCUGUGACCAAGCUGAAGAACGAGGGAGAGACAGAGAACAACAUGCAGCAGUACAAAGAGGCAGUGAAGAAACUACUAAAUAUCUAAAAAAUGAAAAGUCUAAAUAUCAGAAAGAAGAUGCCAUUCAAUUUAUUAGAGCCAUUUUUUUUCUCCAGUUUUCUGCCAUUAAAGCAGAAAACUGGAACGCAGUUGAGAUGCUCGAUGCACAUGGACUUAGGUUUGGGCACAAUCUGCCGAGAACCUUCAAUCUUUAUUGUGUGUCUCAUUAUUGGUUGUUAUUGAUGAUGUAAAUACCAUCUUCUCUUUUAACAGCAAAUAAACCCCAAGUCCUUGAAAUAUAUAAUGUAUCUGACCA